AUGGCACCUAGACCUCCUCCUCCUCCUAUUCCUAACCCGGAUAGCUCUCACUUGGUGGGGACUAUUGAGGCGAUGUUGGCAGCCAUGCAACAGCAAAAUGCUAACAUGGUGAACCAACACAACUUGGCCUUGCAGCAGAUGGAGUCUGCUAGGCUUGCAGCAGAGGCCACCCAACAGAGGCACUUGGAAGCCUUACAUCAGCUAGGGGAGAAUCGAUCUGCGGCUGGAUCUUCCCAAGCUCCACCACCACGAGUGCAAGAGUGGAGUUUGGAGGACUUUCUCAAGCAUCAUCCAUCCCGCUUUGACGGCAAGACCACUCCAGAUGAGGCGGAUCAGUGGAUGCGAGAUAUGGAGAGGAUUUUUGAGGCCAAAAGAUGUCUAGCCGAGAAUAGACUGGCGUAUUCUGAGUACUUGUUGGCUGGAGAGGCUGUUCAUUGGUGGUCCAGUAUGAAAAUGAUGUUAGAAGACAGUAGGGAAACCAUCACUUGGGAGCUAUUCAAGAAGAAGUUCUAUGCUGAGUACUUCCCAGACAGUGUGAGGUAUGCCAAAGAAGUGGAGUUUUUACAAUUGAUGCAAGGGGAGAUGUCUGUAUCCGAGUAUGCAGAAAAGUUCAAACACUUGGGCAGAUUCCAUACUUUGAGGAUGGCAGAAGACUGGCAGUGUAGGAAGUUUGAGAAUGGGUUGAGGGGUGAUCUCCAACUCAUGGUGGCUCCACUCUCUAUAAAGGAGUUCCCCGCUUUGGUAGAAAAAGCAAGAGUAAUGGAGAAGCUGAAAGUGGAAGUUGAGGCUCAGCAGCGGUCUCAACAGAAGGUGGGAGGACCAUCUGGGUCCACUAGCCGACAGGAUGAUAGGAGGAAACCAUAUUCCAGACCUCCGCCUCAGGGCUCCAGGAGAUUUUCACCGCAGACACAUCAAACUCAGUCUCCUCAGUAUCAGUCUCCUCAGCACCUUUCUCCCAGACCUCGGUGUUUUCAGUGCGGAGGGCCCCACAUGAGGAGCGCUUGUCCUCAGCUUGGUAGUAGGCGGGCGUGUUAUAAAUGUGGCCAGGAAGGUUACAUUAUCAGAGAUUGCCCCACUGGCAGGAGCAUGGUGCCAAGACUUUCGACGCAGUCACAGCCACAGCAGACACGAGGAAGUUCUAGACCUCAGGCAGCUGGCCGAGUGUAUGCCAUGACGGGCACAGAGGCGAACAGAGCAGGUAACCUCGUCUUUGGGUCUUGCAUGAUUAAUGGUAGGAGCCUAUGUGUACUAUACGAUUCAGGAGCGACACACUCUUUUGUGUCAGAGUCUAUAGUGUUGGAGUUAGGUCUUCCGGCGAAGGAGCUCCAGUAUGACCUGGUGGUAUCCACGCCUGCUUCUGGGUUGAUCAGAACCUCGACCGUGUGUGCUAGGUGCCGGGUUGAGGUUGAGGGACGUCAAUACCGGGUAAACCUGAUCUGUUUACCUUUGGAGGGCUUAGAUGUAAUCUUAGAAAUGGAUUGGCUAUCUGCUAAUCACAUUCUCAUAGAUUGCAAAGAGAAGAGGGUGAUGUUUCCCAGCUCAGAGGAUGAUGUUGUGUUGAUGUCCUCACAGCAAGUGGAUCAAGCCAUCCAAGAGGGAUCUCAGUGUUUCUUGAUUCUAACUCAACUAUCUGUUGAGAAGGAGGGCGGACACCUUGAGACGUCAGUGGUGAGGGAAUUUUCUGAUGUUUUCCCUGAUGAGGUACCCGGCUUGCCCCCAUCUAGAGAAAUCGAGUUCUCUAUUGAUCUGGUACCUGGGGCAGGGCCAGUAUCGAUAGCACCUUACAGGAUGGCUCCUGCUGAACUGGCAGAGUUGAAAAAGCAGAUUGAGGAACUGCUAGAGAAAUAA